AUGGCAGAUGGUUUUGGCCCUCCUUUUCCACCUUUAGGAAAAUCUAGUAAGGGGAAGGGGAAGAAAUCUUAUGUAGUCAAGUUGAUGACACGUUUCAAUAAUGAAAUUGGUUCAAGCAGUCAACCAACUACACCUACCUCUACCUCCACUGGUAGAUCUGUCCCACCUCCAUUACAAGUUCCUGGCUUGACUCCCACUCCACAUCAAGUUCCUACAUCUACACCUACCUCCAUUUGUACAUCUCUUCCACCUCCAUUACAAGUGCUUGGCUUGACACCCACUCCAUACCAAGUGCCUACUGAUCGAAUGGCAUCACUCUCUCUCAAUGUUGGUUCUAACCCAUCAACUCCCACAAAUAUUGCACCAUCACCUAGUACAGUGGAUGCAGAUCCACAUUCCAGUUCAGCCACCAAUGACGUCGAAGAAUGUUCAAACAGUCGUCCCAUGAUUACACCCGUUGGAGGAGGGUUUUAUCCUACAAAAACUGCAUCGAAGGCAAUCACAACCACCAUCAAGCAACAGUUUGAUGAGCCAUGGCUAACAUGGGGACAAAUCCCUAAGCCAGCCCGAGAUGUUUUCUUUGACUGUUUUAAGAGAAAGGUUUCAUGGAAGCCUGAAGAUGAAGAAAAGGGAAAGAAACCUGAUUGGCUGGGGGACGAUACUUGGAAUGGUCUUCUGGAAAAGUGGAACAUGCCACUUUAUAGACAAAAGUGUGAAACGGAAAAGAAGAAUUGGACAUCUGAAAAGGGUGGCUAUUUGCACACUAGAAGAUCUAUUAGCGUGCAUGAGCAUGCUAUUCGUUUGUCACAAGAGCUUGGUCGGUCAGUGCAUGUUGAUGAAAUAUUUCAGCAGAUACAUAUUCAUCAAUCAACAGGGGAAUUUGUUGACGAAAGGUUUAGGCGGACCCAUGAACAAUUUCAAGCAAAAUUUUCUCAAAUAAGAUUUGAGACUACAUUUGUUGGUGCCUUAGCAUGUAGUCCUCUAGACCUAGCGGAGGAGGAAAGAUUAAGAAACCGGUGUUGCUUAGAGGCUGCUAGUGGAAAAUACAAGGGACGCGUAUAUGGCAUUGGAAAUCAACUUCAAAAGUUUGAAGGCUUUAUUGGUGUCAUCCUACCAUUCCUUCCGCCUUCGACAACUGUAGCUGCACAAGACUUUUUCAACCUCCAAAAUCCUCAAGUUCAAAAUCAAGCACCCAAUGAUGUCCAACUAGAACAACAACCUCCAGACCAGCAACCACCAUAUCAACAACCACAAGAUGGAAAUGAUGGUUAUAUGGAUUAUUAG